AUGUCCCAACGCAUUCGCUUCGUCAUCUCUACUCUACUACUUGUCUACCUUCGCUUCUGCAACCUUGUCAUCACGUCAGCCGUGACGGAGUUCGACUUCGGGACCCUGACUCUGAGCAGCCUCAAGCUUCUGGGCGACGCCCACUUGAACAAUGGCAGCGUGCGUCUCACUCGCGACCUCGCCGUACCCAACUCCGGCGCCGGCAGAGUCCUCUACUCGAAGCCCGUCCGCUUCAAGCAACCCUCCACUCCUUUUCCGGCGAGCUUCUCCACAUUCUUCUCGUUCUCCGUCAGCAACUUGAACCCCUCCUCGAUCGGCGGCGGGCUGGCUUUUAUCAUCUCGCCGGACGAUGAGAUAGUCGGAGAUGCUGGUGGGUUUAUGGGGCUAAUGAGAGUGGAUGAUUCGGGUUCGGGUUCGGGUCCGGGUUUCGUGGCGGUGGAGUUCGAUACGCUGAUGGACGUGGAGUUCAAGGACAUUAAUGGCAACCACGUGGGCCUGGAUCUCAACUCCAUGGUUUCUUCACAGGUCGGCGAUCUCGCCGCCGCCGAUAUCGAUCUUAAGAGCGGGGACCUCGUGAACUGCUGGAUCGAGUUCGACGGGUCGGGUCGGGUCUUCAACAUAUCCGUUUCGUAUUCGAAUCUCAAACCCAGUGACCCGCUCCUCUCCUUCCCUCUCGAUCUUGAUCAGUACGUCAACGACUUCAUGUAUGUCGGCUUUUCCGGGUCAACCCAGGGAAGCACCGAAGUCCACAGCGUCGAGUGGUGGAGCUUUAGCUCGUCUUUCGAUUCAACUCCCUCAACAGGGUCAGCAGCAACACCGCCGCCUCCGACGACUACUCUGAUGAACCCGACCGCCAACUCAGUCAAAUCUCCGCCGCCUUCUUUGCCUCCAACUGGGUCUGCUUCAGCUUCUAGUACUAGUACUACUCAGAAGAACAGUAAGUCUUCUUCUUGCCAUAACCAGCUUUGCAAGCAAGGUCCGGGAGCUGUUGCUGGAGUUGUCACAGCUGGGGCUUUUGUCUUGGCUCUGUUUGCCGGGGUUUUGAUUUGGGUUUACAACAAGAAGAUUAGACAUGUUAAGAAAUCGGAGUCUAGCUUUGCUUCGGAUGUGAUCAAAAUGCCUAAGGAGUUCAGUUAUAGGGAGCUCAAGGCAGCUACCAAGUGCUUCAAUGCGAAUCGGGUUAUCGGGCAUGGUGCAUUUGGGAUUGUUUACAAGGGGAUAUUAUCAGAGACGGGUGACAUUGUUGCGGUGAAGAGAUGUAGUCAUAGCACUCAAGGGAAGAAUGAGUUUUUGUCGGAAUUGUCUAUAAUUGGAACUCUUAGGCAUCGGAAUCUUGUUAGGCUUCAAGGUUGGUGCCAUGAGAAAGGUGAGAUAUUGUUAGUUUAUGACUUGAUGCCUAAUGGUAGUCUUGACAAGGCAUUGUUUGAAGCAAGAAUGCCAUUGCCCUGGCCUCAUAGGCGAAAAAUUCUUUUAGGGGUUGCGGCGGCAUUGACCUAUUUGCAUCAAGAAUGUGAGAAUCAGGUGAUCCAUAGGGAUGUUAAGACCAGCAACAUUAUGCUUGAUGAAGGGUUCAAUGCGCGGUUAGGUGAUUUCGGGUUGGCAAGGCAAAUUGAGCACGAUAAGUCACCAGACGCCACGGUGGCAGCCGGGACAAUGGGGUAUUUGGCGCCGGAGUAUUUAUUAACAGGAAGAGCUACCGAGAAGACCGAUGUGUUUAGCUAUGGAGCUGUGGUGCUUGAGGUGGCUAGUGGGAGGAGACCUAUUGAGAGGGAAGUGAGUGGAGUAGGGAAAGCGGGUGCUUGUAGCAAUUUGGUAGACUGGGUUUGGAGCUUGCACAGAGAUGGAAGGCUGCUAACGGCAGCUGAUCCAAGGCUAGAGGGUCAAUUCGAUGAAGCUGAAAUGAGGAAAGUGCUACUGAUCGGACUCGCUUGCUCCCACCCUGACCCUAAUGUUAGACCUACAAUGAGAAUUGUGGUGCAAAUGCUAGUGGGUGAAGCCGAAGUCCCAAUAGUCCCAAGAACAAAACCCACCACAACUUUUAGCACUUCACAUCUCUUAUUGAGCUUGCAGGACAGUGUUUCUGAUUGCAAUGGCAUGAUCACCAUCUCCACCUCCUCCUCCGAAAACAGCUUCAACGGUCGCCGCGGUGAUGAUCAUAUCGUCUGAACAAACAAACGGUCUUAGAUUCAUUUCAUUUGUUUUUGUAUGUAUGACACAAUAACAAGGUUAGCAUAAGCACCAAAUUUUUCCCUGUUAAUUAAAAUUAUUUAUCAUACAUUAUAGUCCAUCUCCAUUGUACUAGCUAGACUACUAGUGAAAGUGGGUCUUCUUAUAGUUUGAUGGAGAAGAAAUGGCUGGGGGUCAUUUUCUUAGUUUGAUUGGUGGAAAGGGAAAUGGUGGGCAACUAGUUUCUUUCUCAAGCAAUAGUUGUCAAAAGGAGACAUGAAUGAAUAGGGUUUUGGUAUAUUAUCAUCAGGAUCAUAGGAAGAGAAAGAAUUGGAUAUUUAUGAUUAGCUUUUUGGAAACUU